AUGAAGAGGGCACCAGAGUCCAGGGGACAGAAUUGUACAAUAAGCUGUGCAGCUCCACGCCAGGAAAUGGAUUUAGAGGCCUCGAAAACGUGGUCUCUUUUUGGGUCCUCUGCCCGAGAAGAAAUUCGAAAUGGGGAAACGACAGGAGAGGAUGGCACCGCUGUAUACAAAUGCUUGCAGUGUCUGGAACAGUGGGCCGAGGUUCUGAUGGCAGCGGAGACCUAUAAGGCUACCGCGGUAGUCGUAACAGAAGCCUGA